AUGGAUAAUUAAUUAAAUCGAUCUAACACAGUUAAUAUUGAUAUUAGUUGUAAGUCUUUUUAAAUUAUUGAUAAGCAUACAAAAUAGCAUCUACUCUUGAUACUAUUAAAGAAUCUUAAUUAGAAAGAAAGAGAAAUCGAUCAAAGCGAAGAUUUCAUGCAGCAUCGUUUCAUAUAGGAAAGGAUGUAUAAAAUAAUUAGGAAAAAGGAGAAAAACAAAGAUAAGAAGAUCAUUCAUUAGAUUAAAUAAGAAGAAAUUAUGUACAAAAGAUGAAAGCAUUCCCUAAGAUUGAUGCUUAUAAACAUCUCAAAGGUUAUUUAUAAUUGUAGGAUCAAGAAGUUAAGAGAAUCAAAAAUAAUACUAAUUAAUUAUCAUUUGGAACUCUAUAUCCUUAGAAUGAACAAGAGGAGAAUUAAUUAUCAAAUUUUUUGGUUGGUACAUCUCCAAUAAGAAGAAACUAUUCUAAUAAUCGUUAUGUAUCUGAAAGUCCUGCAAGAUUUCUUCAUAAUUAAGCUAUACCAAAUUUAGAUGAAUAUUUAAAAGAUAGAAAAGCUAGAAAAUUAAUAAGAUAGACUAUAACAAAAAAAGAAGUAAUUUUAUAAUAUGAAUUUUUAGCAACUUGAAUAAUAAAUAUAAGAUCUUGAAAAUAAAAAGUUUAAAUUACAUGAAAAGACAUAAGAUCCUAGAAAUCUGAGUUUGAAUGAAUUGAUUGAAAAAUAAGUACAUAAGUAUAUUCCUUAUAAAUUUGAUGCUAAAGUUGAUACUCGUAAAUUGUAUAAUUUAAUAGUAUUAUUUAGAAAUACAGAGAAAAUUAUUAAAUCUACAGAAGAAGUUCCUAUGACUAUGUUAAAAGAAAAGUUAUUGACUGAUAAUAUUAAGACUAAUGGGGAAAUGUUUAGUAGUAUUAAUCCAUUAUAAUUAUAAUUGUACUCUAUAACAGAUAAGAUUCUUUAAUUUCAUAAAUCAAAAUGUAAUUUUUUUAAUAUUAAAGAAAAGUUCAAUUCUGACAUGAUAAAAUCAUUGUAAAAGAGUGAUCAUAAUAGAAGAUAAACAUUAUUUCAUAAACAUAUGGUUUAUCAUUAAGAAUAAUAAUAUGCUAGUAGUUAAAAGGAUUUAUUUUAUGUACAAUAAGAAUUAAUUGCAAAUUUGAAUUAAAGAAUAAAUUAUAAUGAAAAUUUAACUAAGAAAUUUUAAAAAUUAAUAACAAUUUUGAGAGAUGGAUAAAUUGAAUUAGAAGAUGAUGAUUUAUCCAUUUUAAAUGAUCUUAGAUAUAUUAUUCUUAAAGGAAGAAAUUUAAGUGAUGAAGAUUUUCUAGAAUUAUUAAGAUUAAGAAAUUUUACAAUUUCUUUAAGUUGUUUAGAAUUAAUUGUGAAUCAUCUUUUUCCAAAUAGUAAAAAUGAUAUAAUCAAAGAAUACAAUGAAAAUCAUUGUUGA